GUCUUUCCCCGUCGAAAGUCUCUGGCAGCAGGCUGCUGGUAGCUUGACUGUGCAAAGACGACAAGAAGCGAAGCGACCGACCGGCGGGGGAGGCAGGCAAAGCAAAGGAAAGGAAAGGAGAGGAGAGGAGAGGAGAGGAGAGGACGGGGGUAAUUUAGGCUGAGUCCCGUAUUCGGAAUAAGCAAGACUAGACUACAGUUUUGCUCUUGACGUGAAACGAGCUCCUCUAUAACCUUCAAAAAAGGGACCUGGAUUUUUGACGGCUAACUUAUUGUUGGGCUGUCGGAACUCUUGAGCUAAUCGCUGUGUUUGAACUGUGAAGGAACUAAAGAGACAUUUGGUUUUCUGGACGAAGAAUGGGAUUUAAAGAACAUAUCUGCCAGCACUGAGUUGUGAAAACAAGGGAAUAUUUUCCAGUUGGAUGGGAAAUAACCAAUACUGUCGAAAGGGGACACAUUCAGUGAAACGGCGUUAACACUGUGCGUAUUGUUUGUCAACUCACGGGGAAAAGGGGCAACGAUGGCAUUUAGGAACGGGGAAAAGUAACGUUAACGUUAGCUCGCUGGCUAGCUACAGGGCUAACCUAGCAGCCUGCUAACUAAGCCUGUGUCGCCCUUCCAUUCCUGGAGCAGAGGAGGGGCGCUGGGGCUUUGUAGCAUUGCAGAUCUGCCCUGCAUUUUUUGGGGGGUUACUGCAAGAAUGGAGAAUCCCAAAUAUCUGCCACAACAACUCAGGGGGAUCUGUUGAACCGCCUCGACUCCAUUUAUUCUCCAUUUCUCACACAGAAGACCAGAAAACUGCCAGCCUACGUUGGGAUUUCAUCGAAAUCAGCCGGCCCGGGGCAGCCAGGGUCUGUGAUUGUAAUAAACUACUUCUUUUCCUAAAUGCCCUGUGGGGAUAGGUAUUACUAAAUGGGGAAGUGCUACGCGUCUUAGUUACUGGGUCUUCUCGAGGGAGAUCAUGAAUUGGGCGAUUUUGACGCGGAUUUAUCCCCCGGCUCGUCCUCAACUUAAAGUUUUAUAAUUGUCGAGACAUUCAAGGUGACAUAACUUCUCUACAGGCCCUGUGUGCUAACUAACAGGCCGAGGAGGUGCUCGCUCAUUUCCCCUCUAUCAUAAUCAUCAUCACUUCAAAAACCAGCAAGCCGGAAUAAUCAUGUCGGGAGAGGUGCGUUUGAAGAAGCUGGAGAAGCUGAUCCUGGACGGGCCAGCCCAGUCUAACGGCCAGUGUCUGAGUGUGGAGACGCUGCUGGACAUCCUGGUCUGCCUCUACGAUGAGUGCAACAACUCCCCAAUCAGAAGAGAGAAGAAUAUCCUGGAGUUUUUGGAAUGGGCCAAACCCUUCACUUCCAAAGUGAAGCAGAUGCGCCUGCACAAGGAGGACUUUGAGAUCCUGAAGGUGAUUGGACGAGGAGCGUUCGGAGAGGUUGCGGUCGUAAAAGUGAGAAACACCGACAAGGUGUUCGCCAUGAAGAUCCUCAACAAGUGGGAGAUGCUGAAGCGAGCUGAGACGGCGUGUUUCCGGGAGGAACGGGACGUGUUGGUAAACGGGGACUGCCAGUGGAUCACCACCCUGCACUACGCCUUCCAGGAUGACAAUAAUCUGUACCUGGUCAUGGACUACUAUGUGGGUGGAGAUCUGCUGACUCUGCUCAGUAAGUUUGAGGACCGGCUGCCGGAGGAGAUGGCCAAGUUCUACCUGGCUGAGAUGGUGCUGGCCAUCGACUCUGUUCACCGGCUACACUACGUCCACAGGGACAUUAAGCCCGACAACAUUCUGCUGGAUAUGAACGGCCACAUCCGCCUGGCCGACUUCGGCUCCUGCCUCAAGCUCAUGGAGGACGGGACGGUCCAGUCCUCCGUGGCAGUGGGGACUCCCGACUACAUCUCCCCAGAAAUCCUCCAGGCCAUGGAGGAUGGGAAAGGCAAGUAUGGACCUGAGUGCGACUGGUGGUCCCUGGGCGUCUGCAUGUAUGAAAUGCUGUACGGGGAGACUCCUUUCUACGCAGAGUCUCUGGUGGAGACCUAUGGGAAGAUCAUGAACCACAAGGAGCGCUUCCAGUUCCCACAGCAGAUGACAGACGUGUCGGAGGACGCCAAGGAUCUAAUCCGCAGGCUCAUUUGCAGUCGAGAGCACCGAUUGGGCCAGAACGGCAUUGAGGACUUCAAGCACCACCCCUUCUUCAUUGGCAUUGAUUGGGAAAACGUUCUCGCGUGCGAGGCCCCCUACAUCCCAGAGGUCAGCAGUCCUACUGAUACCUCCAACUUUGAUGUGGAUGAUGACUGCCUGAAGAACUCGGAGACCAUGCCCCCUCCCUCUCACACUGCCUUCUCUGGCCACCACCUGCCCUUUGUGGGCUUCACCUACACGAGUAAAUGUUCCCUAUCUGACCGGGCUUGCCUGCGACAGCUGGCGGGGGAGUCGGGUAAGGCGGGCCAGGACCAGUUGGACCUGGAUGUCCAGCGCAGCCUGGAGGACAGCCUGGCCACAGAGGCCUAUGAGAGGAGGAUCCGCCGCCUGGAGCAGGAGAAAGUGGAGCUGAGCCGCAAACUGCAAGAGGCGACUCAGACGGUGCAGGCCCUGCAGCACCCAACGGGAGAGGGCCCUCCCAGCGCCAACAAGGAGGUGGAGAUCAGGAGUCUGAAGAGUGAGAUCGACGUCCUCAAGAAGCAGAUCGCUGACUCUGGCCAGCUUGAGAAGCAGCUGGAGGACGUGUCGCUGGCCCGCAGGGACCUGGAGGACUCAUCGAAACACGCCAAGACUCUGGAGAGACGGAUGAAGAGCGUUGCACAGGAGAAGGAUGACAUGCACAAGGAUCUUCUGGAGGCCAAUGAGAAGCUGAAGUCUCAGUCCAAAGAGCUGAAGGAAGCUCACAGCCAGAGGAAACUGGCCAUGCAGGAGUUUUCUGAGCUUAACGAGAGACUCACAGACCUCAGGUCGGUAAAGCAGCGCCUGACUCGCCAGGUGCGCGACAAGGAGGAGGAGAUGGAGAGCAAUGGUCAGAAGGUCGAGUCUCUCCGCCUUGAGGUGCGAAAGGCCGAGAGGGGCAAGAAGGAGAUGGAGGUGCAGGCGGAGGAGCGGGCGGCGGAGGCUCAGAAAGAGAGGAAGCUGAGGGAGCGUAACGAGCAGUACAGCCGACAGCUGGAGGAGGAGCUGGAAGGGCUGAAGGUGAAGCAGGCCGGCUCCUCUGCUGGCCCAGCCUCGGCGGACCAGACCCAGGAGGUGGGCCGCCUGCGGGGGGACCUGGAGAAGAAGACGGUCCUGUACGAGGAGGAGUUGGCACGCAGGGAGGCGCAGCACGGCACCGAGCUGAAGGCCCUGCGCAAGGAGCUGCGGGACACCGAGGGCCAACACCUGGCGCUGCAGAAAGAGAUCCUGAUGCUCAAAGACAAGCUGGACAAGACUCGCCGUGAGAGUGAUGAUUGCGUGAGCCAAAGCGAGCGGGAGGAGUGUGAGACCGAGUACAAGCAGAAGUACGAGAGGGAGAGAGUCCUGCUCACUGAGGAAAAUAAAAAGCUGUCCAGUGAACUGGAUAAGCUGACCAGCAUGUUUGAGAAGGUGAGCAGCUCCAACAGGCAGCUGGAGGACGAGAUGAGGGAGCUGGCUGACAAAAAGGAGAGUGUAGCUCACUGGGAGGCCCAGAUCACGGAAAUCAUCCAAUGGGUGAGUGAUGAGAAGGAUGCUCGGGGCUACCUGCAGGCUCUGGCCACUAAGAUGACAGAAGAGCUGGAGGGACUGAGAAACACCAGCCUGGGAGCGAGAGCCACGGACAUGCCGUGGAAGAUGCGGCGCUUCGCCAAGCUGGACAUGUCGGCCCGUCUGGAGCUGCAGUCUGCCUUAGACGCUGAGAUUAGAGCCAAGCAGGGCAUCCAGGAUGAGUUGAACAAGGUCAAGGCCAACAACAUGUCCACAGAAUGUAAACUGCAGGAUGUGGAGAGUAAGAACCAGGAGCUGCUGGCCGAGAUCGACAGGCUGAAGAAGGAGACGGAAGAGCUGCGGCUACGAAGAGGUGUCAAGCACCAGGAUUCCCAGAAUUCCUUCUUGGCUUUUCUCAACGCCCCCACGUCAGCGCUAGACCAGUUUGAUGACUCUUAUUCCUCAUCCUCAUCUUCUUUAAUUGAGUUUUGGGAAGACCGCUCGCCAUCCGUUGGCCCAUCUAGCAAAGGCAGACGCGUGGACUCUAUUGAUAACUUCACCCCCUCCAACACUCCAUCCAGGGAAGAUGACCCCAAGUCCCACCUUAAGUCCCGCUCGCGGUCACCCUCCAUGGCUAGUGAUAUGGAGCCCAUAGAGUUGAUAGACCAUCCUCCUCGCACAGUCCAGACCCCCACCGUGCGCUCAGGAGGGUACGGCAGCAUUGGACGCUCCUCUCCCAAGCCCAAAGCACAUCAGUUUGUGGUGAAGUCAUUCAGCACUCCCACUAAGUGUAACCAGUGCACUUCCCUCAUGGUGGGGCUCAUACGUCAAGGCUGCACCUGUGAAGUGUGUAACUUCUCCUGCCAUGUAACCUGUGCGGACAAGGCUCCGGCUGUGUGUCCCGUUCCCCAGGACCAGACCAAGGGCCCGCUGGGUAUCGACCCUCAGAGGGGUAUUGGUACUGCGUACGAAGGACACGUCAGGGUGCCCAAACCAACAGGAGUGAAGAAAGGUUGGCAGAGAGCGAUGGCUGUGGUGUGUGACUUCAAACUGUUCCUCUACGAACUGGGAGAAGGAAAAGCCACGCAACCAAGUGUAGUAGUCAGCCAAGUCAUAGAUAUGAGGGAUGAAGAGUUUUCAGUCAGUUCUGUCCUGGCCUCUGAUGUCAUCCACGCCAGCCGCAAAGAUAUCCCUUGUAUAUUCAGAGUGACAGCGUCCCAGCUCUCCCACUCCAGCAACCACAAGCCCUCCAUCCUGAUCCUGGCAGACAGCGAUCAGGAGAGGAACAAAUGGGUGGGCCUCCUCAACGAGCUCCACCGCAUCCUCAAGAAGAACAAGCUCAAGGAGCGCUUCGUCUACGUCCCCAAGGAGGCUUACGACAGCACCCUGCCGCUCAUCAAGACAACACAGUCUGCUGCUAUCAUUGAUCACGAGCGUGUCGCUCUGGGCAACGAGGAAGGCCUUUUCGUCAUCCAUGUCACCAAAGAUGAAAUAAUCCGGGUGGGGGACAACAAGAAGGUGCACCACAUCGACCUGAUUCUCCAGGAGCAGCUGCUGGCGGUCAUCUCCGGCAGGAACCGCCACGUCCGUCUCUUCCCCACGCAGGCCUUGGACGGCCGUGAGACCGAGUCCUACAAGCUGGCUGAGACAAAAGGCUGCCAGACCGUUGUCUCCGGCCCCGUCCGCAACGGCUCGCUCACCUGCCUGUGCGUGGCCAUGAAGAGACAAAUCAUAUGCUACGAGGUGAAUAAGAGUAAAGGACGUCACCGUCGACUACGAGAGGUGCAGGCCCCGGGGCCCGUUCAGUGGAUGGGUCUGCUCACCGAGCGUCUCUAUGUGGGCUACCAGUCUGGCUUCACCCGCUACAGUGUCCAUGGUGACAUGUCCCCUGUCAACCUGCUCCACCACGAGGACCACACCCUGGCCUUCAUCCCCCAGCAGAACCUGGAGGCCCUCUGUGCUGUGGAGAUCUCCAGCAAGGAGCUGCUGCUGUGCUUCAGCGCCAUCGGCGUAUACGUGGACUCCCAGGGCCGCAGGUCACGUCAGCAGGAGCUGAUGUGGCCAGCUGUUCCCAACUCUGCCUGCUACAACGCCCCCUACCUGUCAGUGUACAGCGAGAACGCCGUCGAUGUGUUUGAUGUCAACACCAUGGAGUGGAUUCAGACCAUCCCUCUCAAGAAGGUGCGCCCCCUGAACGUUGACGGCUCUCUGAACCUGCUGGGACUGGAAACAGUCCGGCUCAUCUACUUUAGAAACAAGAUGGCCGAGGGCGAUGAGCUGGUCGUCCCGGAGACGUCAGACAACAGCAGGAAGCAGAUGGUGCGCAGCAUGAACAACAAGAGACGCUUCUCCUUCAGGGUGCCGGAGGAAGAGCGGCUUCAGCAGAGGAGAGAGAUGCUGCGAGAUCCAGAGAUGAGGAACAAGCUGAUCUCUAACCCCACCAACUUCAACCACGUGGCCCACAUGGGACCAGGAGAUGGGAUCCAGAUCCUUAAAGACUUACCCAUGAACGUUCGUGUUCAGGAGAGCCGCGCGGGCUUCAGCGGUUCGGUCAGCAUCCCCUCCAUCACCAAGAACCGCGGCGAGCCAGGCCGCUCCAUGAGCGCCAGCAGCGGACUGGGCAUACGCUCGUCCUCCCAGAACGGCAGCGCCCUGCGCAGAGAGCUAUCCAGCGGAAGCUACGGAUCCAAACGGCAGACCAUGACCUCUCCCUCUGAGAGCUCGCUGUCCUCUGGCGGAGGCAUGGACUGUGGUGACGCUCCACUCUCCCAGUUUGACAGAGAGUGGCAGGCAGUCUCACCGUCGGAGAAGACCCCCGAUCUGAAAAGGGCUUUAAGGACCCUGCUUAGUAAGAUGAAGGAUUCGGACUCGCCCCGUCACUCCACAGCCUCCAACAGUUCCACCUUCAGCAGCCCUCCCAGUCCGGCCUCCCCACACAAGGCCAAGUCCCUGUCCCUGGAGAGCACAGACCGCAUGGGCUGGGACACAUGAGCCUCCGUCAGCC